AUGCUGUCACUCGUGCUUACGGUGUUAUUUGUGCAUGUUGCCAUAUACCUGGUCAAUACGAUUGGCGCGUCGACCAUUGAUAACCUGGUAUGGCUUCUUUACCUCCGACUACCGACUUCAGCAUCGAGAAAUGCACAGGAAUCAAACCGGUUGAAGCGGGAAGUGGUCCAGCUUAAACGCGAGAUGAACAACACGAGCUCCCAAGACGAAUUUGCCAAAUGGGCCAAGCUGCGGAGGAAACAUGAUAAGACCCUAGAGGAGCACGAAGCCAUAAACAAGGACCUCUCGUCACAAAAGACCUCGCUCGAGUGGGCCGUCAAGGCAGUUCGCUGGCUGAGCACAAACGGAUUGAAGCUUUUCCUCCAGUUCUACUAUUCCAAGACCGCUGUCUUUUACCUGCCCCCAGGUUGGCUCCCCUACUACGUGGAAUGGGUGCUUUCGUUCCCUCGUGCCCCGCUGGGCUCCGUGAGCAUCCAGGUUUGGAGCAGCGUGUGCGUGGCUGUGAUCGCUGCUGUCACGGAUAUCGUGACUUCUGUCCUGUCGCAGAUCACGAGCCAGAGAGGGCAGCCAGUUCCUGCAGCCGGAGCUGACGACAAGAAGACGCAAUAG